CCCAUGUCGAAGGAGGUGUGUGUCUUUUGCCACCAGCCUGUCUACUCUAUGGAGUGUGUUUUCCCAGACAAAGUCUGUUUACACCACUCAUGCUUCUGCUGCAAAAUCUGUGGGAAGAAACUGAGCUUGCACAAUUAUGCUGCCUUCCACGGGGUGUUCUACUGCCAAAUCCACUACAAGCAGAUGGCCAAAAGCAGAAGGGAGAGAGAAAGGCUGGAGCAACAACCAGGGGAUGAUCAGAUGCAGCAAGCAGCAGUGGUAGGCAGAGGAGCACAGCCUCUGGACUGCUAUAGCAGAGCUGAAAAUGAGACCAAAGCAAGAAGGAAACCCACACCCUUCAAUGUGCCAUGCAGGUUGCAGCUGGCUGAGCAAAGGCAAGAGCUGAACAGCAGGCCUGUGUUCUUAGGGAACAAGCUCAGAAGCUGCUGGCCACCUUCAGAAACAGAUGGAAAAGCUAGAAAGGGAACGUGUUCCUGGAAAAAGCCUGUGUUGAGCUGGCAAAGCCACCAGGCUGCGGGCAACGAGGUGGACAGGAUGGUGCUCCUGAUUCAGGAGAGAAAAACAGCCACAGAGGCAGCCGUGAAGGAGAGAAGCUUUCUACCUGGUGUCACCUAUACUGAGCAAAGAGAGCAAAUGGGCUCCUGGCCUAAGCCCAGAGAGCAGAGAGAUGGUAAGAAGGCACUGGCGCCUCGGGCUGGGGAUGUAGGCAAUGGUAAGCGAGGGGGCCAGGUGUCCCAGCCACUCACUGCGUCCCAGCAGAGCAAGCUCCAGCUGAAGAGAGGGUCAGGCUCAGCCUCCUCCCCUGUGCUCCUGGAACCUGCUAAACCUCUGCCUCGUGGCUUGCUCAGUUCCCACCAAGCUGCAUCUCAGGGCGCUAAACCCAGCAACUGGAUGUUCCUAGGGGACAAAAGGGGCUGUGUCCUGCCCACAGCAGAGCUCCCAGAGGCAGAAAAUGAAGCCUAUGUGUCCUUCUCAGCCAGCACAACCAGUGAAGGAGACACGAGGCCUGCAAUGACAUAUGACAAACGUAAAUGGACUACUGCCAUUGCAGGAGACAAGCAACAUCUUGGAGAGGGAGUGAACAACCCACAGCCUGCACAUGUGCCACAAAGUCUUGAAACCAGAAACAACACAAAGAAUAUGAAGCAAAAAUACAGAGAUGAGGGCACUGAUCCCCCUGAACUCAAAGCUAAACACCAAGCCUCCCACAUCCCUGAUGAGCCAGGGACCCCCAGUGCAGCACCCAGCUCCCCAGAGCCAGGAGGGCUGAGUGCAUCACCUGACAUAGCUGAGCUGCUGAGUGAAACACCAAAGAUAAAAGCUGAUGAGCUCCCUAGGAAGCAGGCAACAGUCAUUCAGGAGGAGAACGUGCAGCCAUCCAGCGUGAGUCAUUUGGCUGGAGAAGUGAGCACAGGGGCAGAAUUUGAGAAGACAAGCAAAACGAAAGAAGUAAAUCCAUCAGGAUUUCCAGAAGAACCCAGUCCUGAUCACACAGCUCAGGAGAACAAACCAGAAAACAACAGAAUCUCUGCACUUGGUUUGCCAGAGGUGACAGAUGACCACAAUAUGCCCCAUCUACAAGAAACAGAACCUCAGGCCAUGUAUGGCCAACUGGUAACUAACCCACAUAGCAGUAUUCUGGAACAUGAUGUAAAGCAGGAGAGUGCUGGAAGCUGCUCAGAUACCACUGAGGGCAAGGAAACCGAUGUCCUGUUGUUGGCUCCUGGUACAAGCAUUUCAGGUGAUGACAAACGCCUGAGAACUGAACUCAGUGUCUAUGACCACCCAGCUGUUGGCAAGCAGGUUCAGCAGCCACAGGACAGGUGUUGUCCAUUUCUCUUGUCAGCACAGGAAAAUCAGAAAGAAGAUGCAAUGAGCUUUGAAGGUGGAAGAAACCCUUUUAAUCCUCCUCCAGAGCUUACGUCUGCAGUUGAUUACAGCCCAAAAAAUCUGAGUAGGGAUGGAAAUCCACAUGUUGGGCAUACACGUGAAAGUCAGAACUUACUGAGUUUGGAUGUCCAGAACACAAUGGUAGAGGAUGGGAUUUCUUCUUCAUCAAGUAAUUUAGGAAAGUUACCCAAGAAAGUUGGGAUUCAACUAGGCAACAUGGAUUUUCAAGACGACAAUAAUGUUUUCAUAUCUGCAGAAAACGAAAGACAAGAUUUUCCCCAAACAGUCAUCCCAAAUUUAGAUUGGCAAAAUCCACAGACAGAAACUCCACCUUGCUUUGAUCCAAAUCCCUCCACGCUGGGUCAGGAAAUCCUAGCAGAAACAAACGCUCCACUGGUAGCAUGGGACACCUCCAGCCUCCUGUUCCUUGCUGGACAGGAUGAAGUUGUUACCGGACACCCAGGAGGGAGCCAGAGCUGUCCACCCCUGCAGCACUUUGGUGCACAGUCCCAGGCUCCCAGAGAUGCUGAGGGUGCGUUUGGAUUGGGUCCUAGUGCUGAAGGCCCAACAAACAAAUACCUCCCCGUGCAGGAAGGCAGCAUUCCCCCAUGCUACCUGUUCACCAGCCAUGCUUCUGACAAUCAGAAUCUCUUUGAUCCGUUAAAUGGUGUUUCAGACCAACCUGGCCAGGAGGCUCAUGCACAAAUAGGAAAAAGCAGAGAAAUAUCAGAAGCUGAAGAAGUUCUGGAAAAUCUCUCCCCUGCAGACCCAAAUGUGUCCAAUGAUGGCCUUUUCAAACAGGAGUUCUUCAUAUAGCUGGGGGGAAAAAAAGAAGAAGGGCUCAGAAAUCUGCCACCCUUCUGGCACUGGGUGAAUUCAGUUGUGCAUUGGCUGAUUUAUUAGCAUCUUAAGGAGCUAAAUUUAAGAUCUCUAUCCUGAUCGUGGCGAAUCAGUACUCAGUUCCCCAAAAAAAGAAAGAGCAUCAUAAAGUCUGGCUUCACUGUGAGAAACCUGCAAGGGGAGAGUCAUACCUGCAGUGGGACCA